ACAGCAGCACUCAGCAUGGCCGGGAUCCCGGGGCUCUUCACCCUCCUUCUCCUCCUCCUCUGUGUGUUCAGGGAGGUGAGCCCCUCCAGUAGUCCAUGGAAACCCACUUGGCCGGCUUACCGACUUCCUGUAAUCUUGCCUCAGUCUACUCUCAAUUUAGCAAAGCCAGACUUUGAUGCCAAAGCCAAAUUGGAGGUGUCCUCCUCAUGUGGACCCCAGUGUCACAAGGGAACACCACUGCCCACCUAUGAAGAGGCCAAGCAGUACCUUUCCUACGAAACCCUCUACACCAAUGGCAGCCGCACAGAGACGCAGGUGGGCAUCUACAUCCUCAGCAAUGGCGAAGGCAGGACACACGGCAGAGACUCGGAGGCCACGGGGAAAUCUCGCAGGAAGAGGCAGAUUUAUGGCUAUGAUGGCAGGUUUAGCAUUUUUGGGAAGGACUUCCUGCUAAACUACCCUUUCUCAACAUCGGUGAAGCUGUCUACGGGGUGCACCGGCACCCUAGUGGCAGAAAAACACGUCCUUACUGCUGCACACUGCAUACACGAUGGGAAAACCUAUGUGAAAGGGACACAGAAACUCCGAGUGGGCUUCCUGAAGCCCAAGUAUAAAGAUGGUGGCAGAGGGGACAACAGCUCGAGCUCAGCUGUGCCUGAUAAGAUGAAAUUUCAGUGGAUCCGGGUGAAACGCACCCAUGUGCCCAAGGGGUGGAUCAAGGGCAAUGCCAAUGACAUCGGCAUGGAUUAUGACUACGCCCUUCUGGAACUCAAGAAACCCCACAAAAGGAAGUUCAUGAAGAUUGGGGUGAGCCCUCCAGCUAAGCAGCUCCCAGGGGGCAGGAUCCACUUCUCUGGUUAUGACAAUGACCGGCCAGGCAAUUUGGUGUACCGCUUCUGUGAUGUCAAAGAUGAGACCUACGACCUUCUCUACCAGCAGUGUGAUGCCCAGCCAGGGGCCAGUGGCUCAGGGGUCUAUGUGAGGAUGUGGAAGAGACCACAGCAGAAAUGGGAAAGGAAAAUUAUUGGCAUCUUUUCGGGCCACCAAUGGGUGGACAUGAAUGGCUCUCCACAGGAUUUCAAUGUGGCGGUCAGAAUCACUCCUCUUAAAUAUGCGCAGAUUUGCUACUGGAUUAAAGGAAACUACCUGGACUGCAGGGAGGGGUGACACUGCUUCUUCCUGCCAGUACGCCAGGCUCCUUUGGCACUCGUAGGAAGCACCAGCUUUUUACCAUUGACUCUUGUGCGUGUGUGUCAUAGAAUAUCUUUUACCCAAUAUUCUUCAAAUGGCAAAAUGAUUGGCUUUAUUAUUUGAAAACUCUUGUGUACAUUAGAGCGUUUAAACAGUCUGGAAGCAUACUUUUGUAUUUUCAAAAUACUGAUGUUUGGGGCAAUAGGGAAUAUUUGGCAAAUAAGUUAAACUUUCAGUUUUUUUUUAAGAGCUCUGAUUUUUGUCUUAUCCAAUCCUGCUUCAAAGGUUUAUAUUAAAUAUGUGACAUACAGAGGAUAUGAAUUCUUACGUUUGUAUAUGUAUGUGUUUUCUCCCGAGAGUCAUAUAUUGAUAUUUUUGUAAUGUGUGGUUAUAAUGCAUCUGGAUGGCAGCAUCAUAGCACUU